AUGAUGCAGGAUGCAAAGAGAUACAUUGAGAGAAAAAUGAAGAAGAUUGAUUACAUCCACACGAAGCUGCCUGAGGGAUACGAUGACGUAGAGACACGCUACAGGAAGGUACGUGACGAGAUCAGCGUGUUACAGGGCGUAACAAAGGGGCUUUCGAACUACGAGUUUGGUGGAACCAUUUUGAAGAAUUUGAGUUCGUGGAGCACCACGUUGGGAAAGAGCACAAACAUAAAGUCGCUGAGGCGGGAUGACAUAUACACGGAUACGGCAUUUGUUGGAAUGGAGCUGGCCAAUAGCGUGAGUGACAAGCAUCUGAAACAGGUCUGUAGCGACUUCUCUGCCUCCUACGAGGGUAUUGCGGCUGAUAAGCGAAAGAUGAACGAGAAGAUGAGUGACAUUGUAGAGGAGUUGGCUGUGUUGAAGAAGAAGUGUAGGCAUAUUGAUCACCAGCGUACGACUGUGAAGAAUACGCGAUACGAUCUGGAGGAGUUGGUGCAAUCCAAUGUCUAUAAAGAAGAGGAAAAAGAGGCAUUGGAAAAGAAGUUUACGAAGAAUGCAAAGGAAGUCGUUGUUGAUAUGACUGAGUUCAUGCAUCUGUCUAUGAUAAAUGGAAUCAUUAUGAAGAUAGCACAGGCACAUAGGGAAUUCUGUGAGAAGGCAGCAGAUCACCUGGCUAAAUUCAAUUGA